AUGGGUGAUAAUGAAGAUGACGGAUUGAGAUCUAUCUUCAGCUCAAGUUCAAGCCAGUCAUACACAACAUGGGCAGUCCACGAGGCUCGCCUGAUUGAGCCGCGUGAAACACCGUCAAAGGAGCAGGCGAUUGCUUUUAUUGACGAACUCUACGAAUCAAAGACACCAUUCUUCACCAAGAAGGCAAUCGGAGAACUGGCGGCUCAGCUUAAGACUCAAGGCACGGCAGGUGAUACAAUAAUCACCAAGGACCUCACCGGCGCUUCACUCGAAUGGAAAGUCAAAGUCGGGAAGUCUACCUGGCGUCGGUCCUACCCGGACCCUGAUAUCAGGAAUGAAUGGAUCUACAAGGCAGUUGGCAUAAAUUACAGCUCUAAAGCACAGCUGGAAAGUGACUUAGACUGGAAAGAGGUCGAGAACACGGUCUACUCCCCACUCAGUUUGAUGCACAGAAUAUGUCGGGUCGACAGCAACAGUGAGAACAAGGACACAAUCCACAACCACAAGAUUGAAGAGCGCAGCGUCGUCGCUCAGGAUUUCCAAAGCAAGAUUCUGGCCUGGGAAGAAAGCGAGACAUGCAAGAAUUUCAAAUCGAUUUUGUCUUCAUUUGCAAGUGGCCACAAUAUCAACAAUAUCGUCGGUCUCGCUUGUGGUAGCCUAGCCUUGCCAGAAAAUGACAGUGCCGCAUCCCAGACAGCGUUGCUAGUCACUGUCAGGAACUGGCUGAAAGAGAGAGACCCGAACAAAAAUGUUUCCUGUUACAUCCAAGAUCCGAUGAACACCCCUGUCGAUAAGGAGGUUCUCGCAGAUGUCGGAUUCGAGAUGAUUGAUGAUCCACGCGGCUGGCUUGAGGUCAAUGAGCAGUCGGUUGUUCUCUCGGUGGCACCCAAUGUGCCCGUGAAGGAGAUUAUCGCGGAUAUCGCGAGACCUGCCAUUGUGAUAUGGUAUCGCGUCGAGGACGAAGAAGAGAAAGUGGCCUCGACCGACCCUAACUCGGCCCGAGUAAGGGCAAUGAUGGAAGGUUAUGAAUUACAUGAGUUUGGAUCUGACGAAGAGAAGUGGUCGGAUGUGGUGGUUUAUAUCCGGAAAUCUGCGGUUGCCCCGAUUCCAAAUGAAGAUGGUACAUUCUAG